UCUCGCUCGCCGAGUGAAGAGAUCGACUACUAUUCGCCGAAACCCAAGUUUUGCUUCUUCUCCAUCUUUUCACUCACCGUCACCGUGUUGGAAAUUGCAAUUCUUCACACUCGCAGGCGCACAAACACACUCUCCUCUCUCUCUAGGGAUUCGAUGAGAUGGGGAGAGCAGCAACCGGGAAGCACAAGACUAAGAAGUUUGUUUUGAUAUGCGUAGGGCUUCUGGGAGCUGGUCUAAUCGCAGAUCUGCUGUGGGCAUCCUCUUCUUCCUCUUCCUCUGUCUAUCUAGACUUCUCAUCCAAUUGGACUCCCCAGAAACCCGAGACAUUGAUUGUACCAAAUCUUCGAAAUAGUACCGAUAAGGUAGUUGCUGAUAAAAAUGGCAAGCACCCUGCAGCUGGGAGGGCUUUAUCAGCGACUUUUGCUGAUUUGCCUGGCCCUGAAUUAAAAUGGGAGAAGAUGGCAUCGGCACCUGUGCCACGACUUGAUGGGGCAGCUAUACAGAUCAAGAAUCUCCUCUUUGUCUUUGCUGGAUAUGGGACUAUUGAUUAUGUGCAUUCUCAUGUUGAUAUCUACAAUUUUACGGACAAUACAUGGGGAGGAAGGUUUGAUAUGCCGAAAGAAAUGGCACAUUCACAUCUCGGAAUGGUAACGGAUGGGAGAUACAUCUAUGUAGUCACUGGACAAUAUGGGCCUCAAUGUAGAGGGCCUACAGCACAUACAUUUGUGCUAGAUACCGAGACAAAGGAAUGGAGGGACAUGCCCCCUUUGCCAGUACCUAGGUAUGCACCAGCAACCCAACUUUGGAGAGGUAGACUACAUGUGAUGGGUGGCAGUAAAGAGAAUCGACAUACACCUGGAUUGGAGCAUUGGAGUCUAGCAGUAAAGGAUGGCAAAGCUCUAGAAAAGGAGUGGCGAGUAGAAAUACCGAUACCUCGAGGUGGACCUCAUAGGGCCUGUGUUACGGUUGAUGAUCGAUUGUACGUUAUUGGUGGUCAAGAGGGUGAUUUUAUGGCCAAGCCUGGAUCGCCUAUUUUCAAGUGCUCUCGUAGGAAUGAGGUUGUAUAUGCUGAUGUUUACAUGUUAGAUGAUGAGAUGAAGUGGAAAGUGUUGACUCCUAUGCCAAAGCCCGAUUCCCAUAUAGAGUUUGCUUGGGCACUUGUUAACAAUUCAAUUAUUAUAGUUGGAGGCACGACAGACAAGCACCCCGUAACCAAAAAGAUGACACUGAUUGGAGAAGUUUUCCAGUUUAAUUUAGAUACACGGAAAUGGUUGGUGAUCGGAAAACUUCCUUAUCGUGUGAAGACUACUCUAGUUGGGUUUUGGAAUGGAUUCUUGUAUUUCACAUCAGGGCAAAGGGACAAAGGACCAGAUGAUCCAGCACCAAAGAAGGUCCUUGGAGAAAUGUGGAGAACUAAAUUGAGCUUAUGACCAAUUUUCAGCCAUUCUUUUUGUAUGCUUUCGUCACUUUGAUUGAUUUUCAGCUUUUGCGGUCAAUUCAAAAUGUUGUCUGUAUUAAUAAUAUUUACCAUGUUUUUCAGGUGAAGUCAAAUUUUUUUUUUUUUAUUCUCCUUUAUUUUUUUGGUCAGAAGGGGGUUGGGUUUGGGUGGAGGAUAAAAGAAUCAUUAAUUAUUUGUCAACUUGCAACCUUGUAUAACUUUGUAUUUUACCAACCCUUACAGUUAUACGAAUAGAUCAAAUUUGCCACCCCCCAUGAGAUACCAAGGGGUGUUUGAAUC